AAGAUCUCAGUGCUAGAAGAGAAGCAGAAUGAUCACGAUGAAUAGGCAGAACGUUAAAAGUGUUAGCGUGACAAUUGUGGUGUUUGUGAUCAUAAUUUAUAUUUUGUAUGGACACAAAAACCAGAACCAUAAUGAAGAGUCUGUGGUGGACUUCCUCAAGUUCAAAUUGACACACACACCUAGCAAGAUAAUGAGCCUUGAUGAUUUGAAUGGACGAGGAGAACAGGAUGAAUUACUUCUAACGUACGCGAGAGAUGUCAUGAUUGAACCCUCGAGCCGAGAUGUGCCUUACUUCAUGGACGACUCGAGUCCUAGGGACUUCAGUGGGUUGAAUUACAACGAGAUAUUUUCCACUUUACUAAAAAACAAAAAAAAUGGAUUUUUUGUAGACUGUGGUGCAUUUGACGGCGAACACGGAUCAGUUUCCAUGGGAUUUGAGAGGGAUUUUAAUUGGACUGGACUGCUCGUGGAUGCAGGACCCUCGGGCAUUCAGAAGAUCAUGAUGAAAAGCAGAAAAGCGUGGUUUGCUCCAACAUGCAUGAGCACGCAAAGAAAGUCCAUGAUAGUAACAUUCGAGGAAAGAGGAAUGCAAAGUAGAAUUGCUCAAGGUGGAAGUGACCACACAGGUCCAGUGGUGAGAUCACUAUGCUUGCCCUUUCACACCAUGAUGCAGGCGAUGGGGGUAUCCAAAGUGGACCUUUUCAACUUGGACGUGGAGGGGAUGGAGCUGCCCAUUCUGAAGACUAUAGAUUUCAACCUUGUACCAGUUGACGCCAUGGUUAUUGAGCACUUCAAUAAUAAUGAGACUGUAAGGAAUGAAAUCAAACGAAUAAUGGAGGAAAACGGAUUCAGAUUUUAUCUGGAAAACACCUAUGACUAUUUGUUCAUUCACAGCCGGGUUUAAUAGCCUGCCUGAAAAUUUGAUCUUGGUUGUGACUUAAGCUAAAGAAAUAAAAACUAAGAUUGUAUUGAAUUACAAAACUUGGCCAUAUGAUUUUU